AUGUGCGGUUCAGACAUCUUUCUUGGGAUCCUCGCGAUCUUCUUCCCCCCAGUUGCAGUGUGGAUUAAAGUAGGCAUUUGCACGGCCGACUCGAUCAUCAAUGUCGUUCUGUGCUGCUUGGCCUAUUUCCCCGGUCUGUUACACGCCUGGUACAUCAUCCUCAAAUACCCCGAACCCGAUUAUGAUGAUCCGAACUACGGGCCUAUUCCCGGCCAAGCCGACCGAAGGAGGGACGCCGAGAACGGCCAGGUGACAUACUACUAUGUCUCGCACCAGGCGAUCCAGCACCCGUCACAGCGAAGCUAUGGCACUGUGGGAGACGCACAAUCUCGGCCAGCGACGAAUGCUCCCCAGCGUCAGCACCCGACUACUAAGCCGCGGCACGCAGAGGGCUAUGGUAGCAGCAGCCAUGCUCAAGAUGACUCUCGGGCACCUCCAACCUAUGCUGAAGCUGUCAAGGGAGACCACAAGGUGCAGUCUGUUGAGUGA